AUGGAAGAUGACCGAGCGCAAGUUGAUCUGGGCGUUGCCGUUGAUGUCGAGGAGAGGGUAGAAGAAGAGGCCCAGAAGCUACCAAAGAGGAGGUCGUGGGGCGGAGGCAAGCAGCAGAAGCAGCUGUCCAAAUUUCGGAGAACUCCUCGAACUCUCAAUCAAGUCCCGCUCGAAAUCCUAAAUGACCCAGACAUCAACGCCGCCAUCGCACUCUUCCCUCUAAACUACUCCUUCGAGAUCCACAAGACGAUACACCGUAUACAAACAAAUGAGUCGAAAAAGACGCUGAUUAUGGGCGAUGUAAUAUACGGAGCAUGUUGUAUCGACGACUACACUGCGAGAGCGCUUGGAUGUGAUCUGCUGGUAUAUUAUGCACACUCGUGUUUAAUACUUGUCGAUAUCACUACUAUCAAGACGCUGUACGUCUUUGUGGAUAUCAGCAUCGAUAUUGCACAUUUGCUGUCAACCUUGGAGAAGAACUUUCCUGUUGGAAAGUCGAUUGCGAUGGUUGGGAUAAUUCAGUUCAAUGCCACAUUAUAUGGAGUUCGAGCACCACUCGAGAAGGCAGGAUACAAUGCCUUGAUACCUCAGAUUGCUCCCUUGAGCAAAGGAGAGAUACUUGGAUGCACAUUUCCGAGAUUAGAUUCCAUAGAAGGCGUGGACAUAAUUCUAUACCUAAGGGACGGACGGUUCCACCUCGAGAGCGCGAUGAUUCACAAUCCCACGAUCCCAGCGUAUCGGUACGACCCAUAUUCCAGAAAACUUACUCGGGAGAGUUACGACCGCAAAGAGAUGCAUACACCGCUACGAGAUGCCAUCACAUCUGUCAAGUUAGCAAAGAAGUGGGGUCUAAUCUUGGGAUCGCUCGGUCGACAAGGAAAUCCACAUACGAUGACAAUGAUCGAGCAGAAACUUAAAGCUCAAGGCAUUCUAUACGUCAAUCUUCUCUUGAGCGAGAUAUUCCCCGGGAAGCUGGCGAUGAUGGACGAUGUUGAGUGCUGGGUUCAAGUGGCUUGUCCGAGACUGAGCAUCGAUUGGGGUUAUGGUCCGCACCUGAAAUACUUUAUCAGGUAUGCUAACGGGACUGUCGUAUGGCAGCAAGUCAACUACGAGGAUUAG